GGGUUCAGUCAUCUCGCGCCAGUCGAGCCACGCGCACUCUCCUGUCUGAUAUUCUGGGUUCGCUGGAGAACCACCCUAAGAUUCUGGAGGCGACGAAGCAGUAGUUGUUAUCACUGUGAGGGUGGCGACCCUUGUCUGCCAUCGGGGGUGGUGGUAGAAGCGCGUGGCGAGCGAAUUUCCGCGAGCUCUUGAAGAAGACGCGAAAUGAACCGCCCUCUUCGUGGACGUGGAGUUUGAAAGACCACCCCCACUUCUUCCCCCUCUCGAUCAAACGCGCGCGCGCGCGCGGCGCACGCGAGCGCGUGCCUCCCUCUUCGUCGCGGGUGCUUAGACAGCCUCGAGAAUUGAAGACACACGGGUACCGAGUUUCACGGGUGGAGAACCCGCGCGUGUCGUCUCGAAACGAGGAUUCGUUGGAACGACAGUUUUGGAGUAUCGCGAUAACGCGGCCGACACAGGAAACGACGUACUUGUCGCUAUUCUGGUGCAUAUUUAGUAGGGGGACCUUGAUUAAGUCUACGCAGUGUCGUUACUACAAAACUGUCACCUUACGACUUUACGAGGGGACAAUCCUCCUUUCACAUCAUUCUAGACAAAAUAGGAAUUGUAAUUCAAAUUUGUGAUAAUCACCGGUCAUGAAAUUAAAUUUUAAACAGUGCACCAUGAAAUUUGGUCGUCAGGACAAAAACCAAUGAUUCAUUGGUCGCGAGGAUCGGUAAUCGUUCGAGUUGACAAGAUUAUGAGAAGUCGAUCGAGAAUGCCGAAUGAUCGCUUGAAUGCUUCCCAGAAUCCGAGGAUCUCGAGUGACAGUGUUCAGGGUGGCACGGCGAGUGUUCGAUGAGGGUGGAAGUGAUCUCGGUGGGAGAUUUCGAGAGGAAGAAGCUGGCGCGUGCUUCGUAUUCCUCGCGAAUCAGGACUCCCCGAAGAAGUCUCGGAGAGCUUCGUGACAAGGAUCGGUCGACGAUCGAAUCUCGAAGACUCGAAUCUGGAUCGUUCGGUUGUGAGUGAUCGCAGAGAUUCCGUGAGUUUGGUGCGCGAACGACAUUGAAUUGUCACGUUUUCCAAGUGAACUGGAGCGUCGAUAGUUGGGAAUGAAUCAGUGUGGAUAAUCGCGAUAACUGGUUUGCGAAUCUCAUCGCCAGGAACGCGCGUCAGAACUAUGGUGAUGUUGACGGGAGUGAUUCGCGGCAGGAACGGAGAUACCAACUAGAGAGCAAGAGGAUGCGGUGAAGAGUCGGCUGGUUUGCGAGGUUCGAGAUGUCCGCCGUAACCAGCCCGUAUGGCCCCGCGGAGAUGCUUUCCGACUCGGUCUACAACUACGCGACGACCCGACGGGGCGCCGCCGAUCAGGACAGCGACUCCCAGUACGAGGCCCAGGCCCAGUUGCAGAUCAGCAGCAUCCAGAGCAAGCCGCGGAACAAGCGGAAAAACUUCAAGCCUAUAAGCAGCCGGAUGGCGGAGGUGUCCGACGAAUCCGAGAGAGAUGACGACGAGCCAGAGGUCGUGGAGGAGAGUUCCAGCGAGAUCCUCGAGUACGAGAGGAAGACGAUGCUGCUGCCGGCCGAGGAGAGAUCGAAGCAAAGACUAAACAACAACGAGGCCAGUCCGAUGGACCUUUCGGUCGCCACCAGACCGCCGUCCUCCGAGGCCGAUGACGAUAGCGCGGACUCUCUCAGGCAUAAGUUUAUUCUCGAGCAGCUGAGGUCGCAGAAGUUUUACUCCCCCGGUACAGAGGCGAGGAGCCCGAACUCCGAUUCAUCGGAUAGAAGUGGGAGCGGCGUCCUGGACGCGGAAUCGUCUCGCUUGGACGAUCAGGACACCCAAUUCGAAGACGAGCGGGGCAACGACGUUGACGGCAGCGAGGUCGAGAUCGAAGAGCGAAAGCCCUUCGAGGGCAUGAGGGAGUACGCGGAGUCGACGAUGCAAGAACUUUUGGCGAUCUACGGGCUGGCGGGAGGCGAACUGGCGAAAUCGGUCAGCAGGCAAUUGCCGCCCACGUUCCUCAACCCGAAUGCUGGCCAGCUAGCCCAAGGAAAAAUGAAGGUAAAAGAGGAGAAGGACGCCUCGUCGAUGGCGCCAGGAAGUCCACCCACGCCACCGCAUACUCCGCAAAGUCCGCAACGCGCGAUUCCGUCUCUUGGUAAUCUUUCGCAAUCCUGUCAAACGUCAAACGCAAACUCGCCGAAUCUGCAGCAGCAACAGCAGCAGCAGCAACAACAACAGCAGCAGCAGCAGCAGCAGUCGCAGCAACAACAGUCACAAGAGCAGCAACAACAGCAACAUCCCAUGCACGCCAUGACUAAUUCACCGUUGAGUCAGAUAUUGGUGCAAAAUCCAGCAUUGGCGCAACUGCUGCAACAAAAUCCAGCGAUUCUGUCGCAAAAUCCGCAGUUGGCGCAGCUGCUGCAGCAAAAUCUGCAGGCUCAGAUGGGCAGUGUGCUCUUUCAAAACGUGAGGCGGGAAGAGUCCGAGGAUUCCAGGGUACCGCCGACAAUAGCGAGCCUGGCGGCGAUGAAGGUGGAGGCAGCUGACCCGAAGGUUUCCGCGUUACUCAGGCAGAGUAUGUCUCCAGUAGCGGAUUCUUUGAUGAGUGGUUCUAAGACGUCGGUGUCCCAACCGAUCAUCGAUUAUUCUCGCUACGUGAGGAGAUAUACAUCCAGUCAAGAAUGCGGCAGUACGUAUUGCAAGGAACUGGGCUGCAGGGAGCACUUUCAUUGUUUAGACUGUAGCGGAAGGGUGUUCGUGAAGAAGGAGGAAAUGAUCAGGCACUUCAAGUGGCAUAAGAAAAGGGACGAGUCCUUGCAGCACGGUUUUAUGAGGUACUCACCGACAGACGAUUGUUCGGAAAAGCACCCUGGCCGUACCUGCCCGCAUAACAGAAAGCAGACCCACUAUCAUUGCAUUCACGAAAAUUGCGACAAGGUGUACAUAUCGACAUCGGACGUGCAGAUGCACGCGAAUUAUCAUCGCAAGGACUCGGCCAUAAUACAAGAGGGCUUCCAGCGAUUUCGAGCCACCGAGAGUUGCGCGACUGAUCAUUGUCCGUUCGUUGGGCAACGGACCACGCACUUUCACUGUCGUCGACCGGGAUGUCGGUUUACAUUCAAAAAUAAGGCCGAUAUGGACAAGCACAAGUCUUAUCACAUCAAGGAUGAACAACUAUCGCGCGACGGUUUCAAAAAAUUUAUGAAAUCGGAAGCCUGUCCCUUCGAUCAGUGCCGAUUCUCCCGGGUUUGCAAUCACAUUCAUUGUAUACGACCGCACUGCAGUUACGUCUUGCACUCUUCCGGUCAGCUCUUUUCGCACAAGCGGAAACACGAGCGUCACGAAUCAGAACUGGCUUAUCGGAAGUACAAACAGAUCACCGCCGUAGGUGGUGUUCGUCCACCCGGAUCAUGGGCGCCGGAUGAAUUGAGCGCUCAAAGCUUAUCUUUAAGUCUGAACGGUGAGAGCUCGAACGAAGGGAGAGGUUCUCCGUCGUAUUAUUCCUUGGAGGAUUCUUUCCAAAGCGCGAGCGACCUCGCUAUGGAUCUCACCGCCCCAACGACGACCAUUACAGCUAGCGGAAGUUCUGUUAAUCUCAAUCAGCAGCAACAUCAACAAUCUCAACAGCUCACCGCCGCCGAAUUGGCCUAUUUGGUACCGGCUACCUCGGAUUGCGCUUGUAACGCAGGCAAAGAGCACCAUCAUUGCGGAUUAGACCGCUGCGGAGCGACCUUGAAAGAUCCCCGGGAAGUCAGAGAACAUCUAAAGGAGCAUGAGACGCAGGAACGCAUAACGGAUGCUUUCUUUGAAGAGGGCGGCUGCGACGACAGUUGUCCGUACGCAGACAAAGAAAAGCAUUAUCAUUGUAAUUGGGAAAACUGCCGAGAAGUAAUACUUUCUACCGACAAGCCGUUUCGCAGAUUGCAGCAUUACAAGAUCCAUGAGUACAGCCGGCAAUUAAACCUCUCCUGUUCCUCGCACGCUCUAUCUUCUGACGUUACAUUGACUCACCUGACAGACAUCGAUGCGAUGUUCAGGCGGAAGCGUGGUAGACCGCCUAAAAAUCGCGUAAUAGAAAUCUGGUCGGGCGGUGAUCCUGCGACACAUACCCACGAUUCGCCGCAAGCGAUCUUCACGAGUUUUAAGCUUCCCAAACCGCAAACUCCUAAUUUAACAUCUAAUAUGCUAAUGGAUGAUCGAGAAGGUAGCAUAUCACCCUCGAACAGUUUAGGCGAGCCGGAAGGAUUCGCUACGUUUAACUCGGAAGGAUGUCCGGACUCGGCUUGCGUGCUUAGAUCGACCAGGCACCAUCAUUGUUCACAAUUACGGUGUCAUUUCUCCACCGAUCGGCCAGACCAAUUGCUCAUGCAUAGUAAAGAUUUUCACGACAACGUUGACAUACCGCCGGGCUUCGCCUUCUAUGACAAGAUGGUCGACUGUCGACUGCCUGGCUGUCACAGCAAUCGUGUUAAUCGUCAUUUCCAUUGUACUAGACCGAAUUGUGGAUAUUCAUUUGUUAGAUACUCGACAAUGGCAUUGCACGAGAAGCAACACUCUUCCGGUCACGUCGAAUCCUGCAAUCAAGAAUCGAGUAAUCAAGAAUGUCAAACACAACUUCAGUCGUUGAUCCAAGAGACGAAACCUAGAAUCCAAGUAAAAAAUCCCGCCGAGCUGAUUGAGAAGCCCGACGAGAGUAUGCUGGCAGCUGAUCAGGAGAGCAGGUCAAUAAUCGAGGAUAAGGAAUCCGAGCUUGCGAGUCCCGACAACGGCAAGACCACCGUGGUGAGGGCGGCUGGCACCUAUUAUCCGGUCAGUGGACCGCCGAGCGAACCCGCACUUCCGGGCGUCGUGCUAUCCAUGCGAACUUCCGUGCACCAAGAAUCCCCAGUCAUGCCAUCUAUGAGCUCCACCUCGUCGCACACUCUAUACGGACCAGAACAAAGCUGCAGCAGACCGUUCUGCAAAUUGAAACGCAAGAAUCAUUAUCAUUGCAACGCGUGUAAUCAGGCUUUCUCCGAGUUAGAUCGCUUGGUGGCACAUAUAGCGAAGCAUUCGACUGGUGCCAUUCUCAGCCAGCAGCAGCACGACAUAGUCAGCCCAUCGCCUAAUCAGCUACAGCACGAUUACAUCGCGCAACUAUCGCAGAAGCAUGACUUUAUAUCGCCGAAUGCUCAGAUAGCUCAGAACAUUCAGAACUUUCAGAGCCAAAUGCAGCGACAGAUGCAGCAGACCCUCAACCAACAUUCUCAAUCGAAAGAUAUCAAAUUGGAGAAACCGAGAUGCAGUAUCGAUAUCGGUGUGCAAAAUGUCCCAAACGUUAAGCGAGAACCAUCUGAAAUUAUAUGUAGGGACGAAGGCAACAAUACCAUAAUAGAUAGUCACGAAAACGGUCAAUUGCCGCAACCGCCAAUUCAGCCUAGUAAUAUGCAACAACCUUCGAUACCAACAAGUUUCGAGCUUGAUCUCAGUCAUGGUUUUCACUUCCCAAGUCCUGCUGUGAUGGCCGCAAUGAAUCAACAGAUCGCUCUGAUGAAUCAGGCUCUACCACCGUUUCUUCAGCACGGCGCAAUGUACGCCGGUGGACCUGGGCUAAUGUUCGCGCCCGGUAUAUCACCGACCAAUUUUCUUCCACCCGCGAGAGAUGAGAACCCCCUAGCCUCGCUGGCAGCUAAUCUUAAUCUGAACAAAAGAUCUCUCUCACCACCAGAUGCUAAUUCACCGGAAGCCAAGAAGCAAAGACUUCAUCAUUCAAUGCGUAUGCUGAAGGACGAGCCUGUACCAGAGGGAUAUGUUAGAUUCAGAUUUAACGAAGACUGCAGGUACCCUCAUUGCGGCUACAGAGAACAUCAGACUCACUUCCACUGCAUGCGCCAAGAUUGUGGCUAUUCGUUCUGCGACAAAACUCGUUUUGUGCAGCACACUGCAAGGCACGAACGGUUGGAUACCUUGAUGGGUGGUGAUUUCCAGCAGUAUCGAGCCAACGUGCCGUGUGGCAGAGCUCAAUGCGCAUACACGUCGUCCCUUGGAUCAAUGCAGAACAAGGCGUCACAUUUUCACUGUUUGAAGUGCGAUUUCGUCUGCACAGAUACGAACAAGGUGGUCGCUCAUCGGCGACAACACGCCAAACUGGACAGUAUCGCGGCGGCGGGUUUCCAGAAAUUUACGCCCAGUCAGCCGUGCGGAGCUGUGCAGUGUCAACACUCUGGCAAGCAAACGCACUAUCAUUGUCUGCAGUGCCAAUAUGCAGUGUUGGGCCUGGCGCAAAUGUCGGCGCACAAGUACCGACACAUGGACUCCUAACGAUCUCCCGUAGAAGUUUUGCAUGUGGCAGGACGCCCGAAUAAUAAAACAUUACCUUGGUCCCUGUAGACAUUCCCUAAAGAAUGGCAUAGCCAUCUUGUCCUGACUAGGUGGAAAAUCGAGCGAAACUGGUAGAGGACUAGUCAACGACUUUGUCGCAAUUCGAUCGAUACCCACCGUCGAUAAUUGUCCCGCGUAAAAAAAAAAUCUAAACGUCCAUCCGUGAAAUUCCGGAAGACGCCUAUUAAAAGACAAAUUCCUAGUCCCUAUAGACAUUCCCCGAAAGAACACUCGAGUGUCUCGAUCGUUCACGAUCGAGCAGCGUUCCUGGUAAUAUGGAUGAUCAGUGGCAACAGGUAGGGGGCUAGUCAAUAACGUUUAUCUUCGAAAUGAAUACUAUUAGGUCGAGAUCUUCGAAUAGAUACGUUCGGUAUCUGUGGCUACGUCGAGAAAACGUUGAGGCAAUUUGGUCUCUUCGUAUAUAGAGUCUAAGUCAAUUUACUGAAAAGUGAAUUGACAAUGAAAAAUCGAAGAAACACAAUCGUAUCGUCGAGCAAUCUUUGCGGACUCUAAAAACGCUUCCAAGAGUGAACAAGACGGAACUUUGAUAAAUGCAAGCGAGAAUUGCGAGGUUUAUCGUAUAGUUGAAUCUCAAAAUAUAAUUCUUCCGGACCAUGACUCUUGGGAACCGGGAACAAGAACGAGGAACGUGAGAGAAUUUGGCGUAGCACUAAGACAAUAAUACGAAGACAAGUCUAUAAUAUAGCUUUAGUAUGAAAAAAAGACAAACUGUAAUAUUUAAUAGGAGAGAAAAGGAACCUUAUACAUUUUUCUCUUUGUUAGUGUCAUCCUGUGUACCCUCCACGUAAAGUCCUUCCGAUGAUGUAGAUUAUAGAGUAGUUUAAUGCAAUGUUCAUAAAGAAUGAAGAUAAACAGUAAUACGAAGUAGCAAAUCGGUGAAUUUGAUUGAUAUUCUCUAUACAUUGCGAGAUAGUAGGGAUUAAUGCGAUGGUCAUAUCUUUCGCUUUGGCACUGAAGAAACGAAAGAUAUCAUUUUAUCAUUCAUCGUCUAGACUGCAAAUUUUAAAAAUACUUGUUGCGUUAUAUCGACGUUAUUAACGUUCCUAUUACGCAAUUGAUAACGAGAAAAUUUAAUAAUAGCUACUAUAUUGAGUACUUUUUAUCUGUCUGAUCAUCUUUUAUAUUUACUGUAAAAAUUACUAUAACGGUUGCUUCGUAUUUGAUUUGAUUAGUAACUGUAAUUAUUUAAUUGAUUUGUAUAAUUGAGAGUUGAUUGUGCAAUGAUAAUAAUGAUUCAUUAGAGGUUCAAUGCAUAAAAUGAAGAAAAAGAUAACGUAUAUUUCGUACUUUACGUGAAUCACGUUCUGGAGGGUACGCGAUGAAUAUUACAAACAGUAUUGAUAAAUUGAAAGUUAAUUAGAAAGACUGCGAGCUAAGACACACGAUAAAAUGGAAGAUAAAAUGGAGAAGAGAGCGAUGGUCGUUGAACGAUCAAGUUAGAAAACGUGAAAAUUAAAAGUUUGAAGAAACAGAAAUUAUAUAUGUAUGAAAAAAAAGAGAGGAAAGAAAAGAGAUAUAUUCAAAGUAUGUUCUAAAAAAAAGAAAAAAAAUAAAAACGGUCGCUGAUCGAUGUAAUGCAAAACUGUUUAAUAUAUGUGUGUACAGUGUAUAUGUAUUGUGAUUAGUAGGAAUUGUUCAAGGCAGGAAUUUCUCGCUUCUUCUAUUCCUAAAGCAAGCUCAACGAUGAUAUACGAUUCCAUUUUCAUUCAGCAAGUUUAUUUUCCUGCGCAUAAUUCACCAUACACUUCUUAUCGUAUUGAGAGCACCUCCUCGCUCCUUCUCGUUUUCCGAUGCAGCCGAGAAGAAUAAAUUCUUGUACUAAUCAGAUCUGUCCGUUAUCUUUGAGACGAGAUACGGUCUGUUUGCACAAAGAGCGAUAUAACACCGGAUGAAUGAUAAGAAGUGUAUCCGGAGAAUUUUAAUGCGUAUGUGUAUUCUCGCGUAGACAUCAAAAGAGACACACGCAUAUCUUCUCGGCGGAUAAUUUAACGUAAUUACGCAGAAAAUGUUAUGCGACUGCUCGGCGAGAGGUGCCUUUAGGAUCUUUUCCGAACUUUUGUAGGACCGUGCCUUAGCAAUUUAACGUACAACGGAUACGCAGGAAGCUAUUUGUUUAGUAAAACAGCAGAACCGAAUCGAUGAUUAGAUCACACUGUUAGACCUACAUCUUAUUUGUAGCUAUGAUCGAAUUUCGGAGCAGUAUAUCGUAGUUACAAUGGAUGUUUACGUAUACAUCUAUGUCUAAUCUAUAAAUGGAUCAACCGAAGAUUCUGAAUUCUAAUUUUAGAAGAAAGAGUUAAUUUUAAAGAUAACAAUUUCUAAUAACAAUCUUAUUGAUUUCGGUGAUUUCUGAUAUUGCGUGGUUCCUAGUAUCGCGUGAUUUCUGAUAUAAAUAAAAUCUUUUUUCUGAAUCUUAUUUCAAUUGUCUGGCCGAAAAACGAUCAUAGAUUUAAUAGCAAACGAAAGACGUUAGUGCCUUAAAAAUACAGCAACUAAAUAAAACGUCGCGGAGUAUAGUCGCCAAUAUUUAUUAUAAAUGGCCAUUUUCUAAAAUUUUUACAUUUUUAAUGAAAUAUUUGUAAUUUGUUUGAAAGAAAAAAAAAUUAAUCUUUACAAUUUAUCAUCGCCGAGAACUUCUCUGAUUUUUUAUAUGUAAAAUUUGAUUUUAAAGAGUGAUACAUGAACAUUUUAUUAAAGAUUUCUUAGAAUUGUAUUCAACAUUUUACUUGAAAGUUUAUUAAUAAGAAAUCUGCUUCCUUAUUCUCUAAAAAAAUGCAAAAUUUCACUAUGUUGCAUCAGCAGUAAAAGAACUUUCAAACGUUAUCUCUUAAAUAUAUCGUGAAGAAAUUUAUAAUAUUUGUAAUGUUACCAGAACCAGAAUGUGUCUGCUCCCAAUUAAGAUAUCGUCAUGACUGUUUUGUUAUCGUAUUAAGUGAUUAGUCAACCGCUCUAAUUUAUGUCGUAGACAUUGGUCGACCAUGAAUUUAAAAAGAUAUCGUCUCCAACAAACAUUGUUACUAUCAAAGUUCAUACUCGACAAAAACAUAAAUAAUUUUUUAUAAAGAACAAAACUUAAAAAUGUCACAUAUCAAAAAUGCUGUAACAAAAAGUUGUACUUUAUUGACGAAAACAUGUUGAGCUUUUGCAGAGAAAUAUCAGUUACGUAGCGGCAAUAACUGUGAGGCAAAUGAUUAUAAGAUGCUAUAUAUAAAAAUUAACAUCUCGAUAAAUAAUGACAAAAUUAUUUAUUUCAAUUAGAAAUUUCAUCCGUACAAGCCGUAGUUAUGAAAAGAUACAUUGAUGAAAGCGACAAUAUGAACAGCAAAAGGAAUGAAAAAUUAAAAUUUUAUAUUUAAAACGUCAUAUUUAAUUCUUACGAUUUUCUACUUUAUAGUAUUAAAGUACCCAUUAAUAGGCAGGUGAAACGGAUCAAUUGCGAUAAUUAUAAAAGGGCCGAUUAUAUUUUGAUCGGUUGAACUGAUCCCUCGAAAGUGAACCGAGGAUCUCAGUGUUCUAAUAAUAGUUUUCCUGAAAUAUUACAAUAGUAGCAUUCCAUAGCAAGUCGAUAGUCAUCGAUCCUGUCCACGUCGACGGUGCGUCGUCCUUACGCGGCAAAUAUUUAAAAAUCGCGAAGAAAGUUCAUCGGUCUCGCGGUAUCGUGUGUCGUAUCGACGAUGUAACGCGAUAUUGAGCGGAUACCAAAUCCCAGAAGCAAAAGAAGAAAAGGUAUCGUUCUCAAAACCGAAGAUAUGUUUCGCAUCGGGAACGUGGAGAGGCUAGAGUCCAGCCAUUAAACAAGUGCCAUAAAACCACGCUGUAAAAGUCGAAGUACUGUUUUACUAUGUUAAGUCGAGAGAGACACUUGCGCGGGACUAAGGAAGAUACGGCAUGUGGUCGAUAGACAAAUCUGUAUAAUAUUUAUUUAGUAUUUAGAGUCGAUAGGGAUGCGUGAGAAAAAGGAAAGAGAGCGAACAGAAAAAAACAGUAGGAAUAGUCGAAUGAGAGUGAGCAAUUCGCCUGCUUGGAAUAUAAUUACGAGAGGUGAAUUCUGAUUGAAUGUUGAGUGAGAAAGAAAGAAGAUUACUAACAAUGGCGUAUGGUUGCCUUAUAAAUAUGGGGAGAACCUUCAUUAUAUAUAUAAUAUAUAUAAUUUAUGGAGAUUAUUAUAUAUAUUAUUAUAUAAUAUGAGAUAUACAUAUAUAAUAACGUGGUCAUUGUCCGGAAACGACAACGGAAGCAAGACGCGAAUAAAGCGAAACAGUAUACCAGUAGAGCGUACUAUUAUUCGAGAAAAGCUAGAGAGAUUCUAUCGUAUGGUCGUUAGUGCUAAAAUAUCCGCUGUAUGGAUCUAAGAGAGAAGAAGCUAUUAUAUAAUUUUAUCUAUUAUUAUAUUAUUAUUAAUAUUAUUACUGUUUAAUUUUGCCCGUCAUGCUUGCCUUGUAACCUUCGAACCUACACGGCGAGCAUGUGGGCAUUAUUCUAUGUACUAUUCUUAAUUAUUAUUAUUUUUAUUAUUUGAAGUUUUGCCUAUCAUAUCCACCUUGUAGCUUUCGAAUCUAUAAGGCGGAUGUGUAGGCUCUAUUAUUAUUAUUAAUAUUAUUAUUAUAUUAAUGAUUAUGGAACCACAUCAUAUGUAGCUGUGAUUUUGCUUUCAAAAAGUAAAAAUUAAAAAUAUUUAUAGCAACUGA